GAACCCCGCCCUUUCCUCUCCCUAACUUCGGAUCAUGUCGACUUUCUGUUUUGCUGUGAUUUGAGUGCCUGUUCCCAGCUUUGUGAUUUGUUGCGGACACAUAUUGCCCCGCUGCACCGACUCACCUCUUCACCUCUCCACCCGCAUCACCGAAUGAGCAGACUGUCUUUAAGCUUUGAUAUCGUUGCUCUAACACAGUGGAGGAUGACCGGUAGUUUCUCCGGGCCGGAGCCAGUUUAGGAAGAUUAUUUUUUCCCUGCGGAGUCUUACCAGGAAAGAAAAACCUCAGGCCGUUGACAUCUUGAGGUAGACUUGAAAGCGGGGGCCCCUCUUUUAAACACGGAACUCUAUGGAUGUGAAACUGUGCCCUGGACUGUUUUCGUGAAGUUAAAGGCGAUGUUUGUUGUGCCAGGCCAGCGCCAGGACGAACAGGAGAUGCCUUCUGGCUAGCCGCGCUACAGUUUGCUGGACUCCUGCUAGCUGAAUCACAAACUAGACAGCCAGUCGUCAACGCAAGAUUGUUGUCUUGCUUUAUUUUGUUUUUAGGACACUUCUCAGUAUGCAGUGGGUAACACGGUUGGGGUGAAGUACAAACAGGGGUGGUAAACAGAAAUGCCGAAUAGCGGUUAGUUUGUUAGCUAAGCUAAUUGUCACUUUUUUGAGUCAUCAGCUGCACCGAGCUCAAGGCAAGGCGUUAGGCUAGCUGUGCUUUUCUGCUUCAAUAACUUAACAAAAGCCAAAUGCCCUGCCCUUAUUUACUGACACAAAAAACUACAGGGACUGGUGUCUGUGUAGCACCAAUAGACUAAUGUUAUCGUAUGUUAAAACGGGUAAGAAGUGAAGGGAGGUGCACAUAUUUGAGGUGUUGAACAUACAGGAGGGUGGGCAGGAUGAAAACUAACUAACUGGCAAGCAACGUUAAAUGUGUGAUAAUAACUCGGACUGAAAACUCAUCCAAACUUUUAAUUUGGGUGCUUUUUGCACCUGCUGAACCGUCUCUACGAGGAGAAGACGGUUAUCUUAAAUUGAUGACCAUGGAGGGAAAUGUACAACAAAAAACGACUCCUUUGGCUCGUGAACUGACAAGGAUAUUUAACAGCUACAACAAGCACACCAUACAGCUGAAGAAGAACCUGAAAGAGACUAAUGCUUUCUUUCGGGAAAUAAGGCAAAACUACAGCAACGCCUGUGCAUCCAACGUGAGCUCGGAUACAUUUUCUCUGGAGGCAGGCCAGCUCAGCUGCAUCUCUUUCCCAAGUCAUGAAGAAGAGUUCCUACGCAACACUGUCGGUGCUGCCCCGUACAUCCUGGUGCUGGGCCAGGACUGUGCUGCCCGCUACCAGCUGCUCAACUGCCUUCUGGGGGAGAGGUUGCUGCCACUAGGGCCGGAGGCUGGAGAGGCAUGUGAGGGAGUUCAGGGCACUGUCUGCAAGAGGCGGAAGUUGUGUUUCACCCACGGGAGACAGACACGGCUAAGCCUAGCACUGCCUGGCCAGUAUGAGCUGGUGCACCAACUGGCGGCUAACUGUGGCCGAUGGGAUACAGUGCCCCGGGAAGACCUGGAAAUCCAUGAGGAGUGUGAGGACCCAGCUCACAGGCUAGCAGAGCUAGAGAUCACUCUUCAUCACCCACUGCUACAGGAGGCAAAGGUUAUGGUUGUACCUUGUCCGAGUGUCCAGCCCAUAGAAGAGGCCUUGGAAGACUUAACCCGCAACGUCAUCCCCAUCCUACUCUAUGCCAUCAACCAGGACUCCCUGAGCUCAGAACAGGUGGCUGAGCUCUGGAAGGUCAAAGAGAUGCUUUGCUUCCCCAUCUGUUUUGUUCGUAUUCCUGAUACCAUUCCAGCUGCUUCUCCAGCUCCAGAUCGCCGUGCCGAGAAGGAAAGGGAGAGGGAGAGGGAGAGGGAAAGGGAAAGGGAGAAGAGCCCCCUCCAUAAGCAGCUCCUCUCCCUCGGCUUCCUAACUAGCCCCGUAGGAAACUGCUCCUGCGGCGCCCCCUCACAGACGUCUGUUCCAGGUGCCAAGCCUCAGAGCAUGCUGGGUGAAGCUUUUGAAAGACUGCAUAGGUUACUGGUGCCUUUUACUCGCCAAGUUCUUCAAAACCAGCAGGUGGAGGCUGCCAACCUACUUAAUGGGCUUCACUGCCGGUGUCUAGAUCUUUUCAUCAACCAGGCCUUUGACAUGCAAAGGGACUUGCAGAUAACUCCCCGCAGGCUGGAAUACACCCGUGAAAAAGAGGGGGAACUUUUCAUCUCCCUCAUGGCCAUCGCAAACCGCAAACAGGAAGAGAUGAAAGAGAUGAUUGUGGAAACACUCAGCUGUAUGAAGGAGCAGCUGCUGGAGGAUGCCGCCAACCUGGAGUUUACAGACAUCAUUGUAACAACAAACGGAGAGCCUGUUACAUCGAAGGAGAUCAAAUCGUGCAUCCACCAGAUCCAGGAGCUGAUUGUGGUUCGUUUGAAUCAGGCCGUGGCAAACAAGCUGAUCAGCUCUGUGGACUAUCUGAGGGAGAGCUUUGUAGGAACUUUAGAAAGAUGUCUCAACAGUCUGGAGAAGUCUCACAAUGAAUCUUCGGUCCACAAUAUCACCUCAAAUCACCUCAAACAGUUAUUAAAUGCUGCAUACCAUGUGGAGGUUACCUUCCAUUCAGGAUCUUCCGUCACAAGACUUUUCUGGGAGCAAAUCAAACAGAUAAUCCACAGGAUAACAUUUGUGAACCCUCCGUCCAUCACUCUAGAGUGGAAGCGUAAAGUGGCACAGGACGCCAUCGAAAGUCUCAGUGCAGCUAAACUGGCCAGAAGCAUCUGCUCCCAGUUCAGGACCCGCCUCAACAGCUCCCAUGAGGCCUUCGCAGCAUCUCUGCGCCAGCUGGAGGAAGGGCACACUGGGCGUCUGGAGCGUACGGAGGACCUGUGGCUGCGUGUAAGGAAGGACCACGCCCCUCGAUUGGCCCGCCUGUCCCUGGAGAGCCGCUCCCUCCGGGAUGUGCUGCUACAUGGCAAACCGAAGCUGGGACGAGAGUUGGGUCGGGGUCAGUACGGAGUCGUGUACUUGUGUGACAGCUGGGGAGGAAACUACCCGUGUGCACUAAAGUCUGUGGUGCCGCCAGAUGAUAAACACUGGAACGACUUGGCUCUGGAGUUUCACUACACAAGGACUUUGCCCAAACACGAGCGGCUCGUCGACCUGCACGGCUCUGUCAUUGAUCACAACUAUGGGAGCGGCUCCAGCAUUGCUGUACUGCUCAUCAUGGAACGGCUGCACAGAGACCUCUACACGGGCUUGAAGGCUGGUUUAUCAAUGAAGGAGAGACUCCAGAUUGCUCUGGAUGUGGUGGAGGGGAUCCGUUUCCUGCACAGUCAGGGUCUCUUGCACAGAGACAUAAAGCUAAAAAAUGUGCUGUUGGACAAACAAAAUCGUGCCAAGAUCACAGACCUGGGCUUCUGUAAACCAGAGGCCAUGAUGUCUGGCAGCAUUGUUGGAACCCCAAUCCACAUGGCUCCAGAGCUGUUUACAGGAAAAUAUGAUAACUCUGUGGAUGUUUACGCCUUUGGGAUCCUAUUCUGGUACCUCUGCACUGGUUCAGUGAAACUCCCAGAAGCCUUUGAGAAAUGCUCCAGUAAGGACCAGCUCUGGAAUAAUGUAAAAAAAGGCGCCAGACCUGAGCGGUUGCCUGCUUUCGAUGAGGAGUGCUGGCAGCUGAUGGAGGCCUGCUGGAACGGAGACCCUUCCCUGAGGCCCCUGCUUGGAAUCGUGGAACCUGGCCUGCAAAGCAUCAUGGUCCGGCUCUGCAACCUUGGUUCAGAGCAGAAAAGCAGCAGCCUCGAGGACUCAAACUGAAAACACUCCAGACAAACUAACACGUGUGUGAUAAGGAUUCUGAUAAGGAAAAUAUUUUCAUGUAUUUAUAAGGAAUGGAGGUGAAUGGAGAACUGGUGAAGAGAAGCUGAAUGAUGUCCAAGCUUUUCCUCCUUGUUCACAGUUGUUGGGUUUACAUUAUUUAUGAGGAGAUGACACAGACCGGAUGUUUGCAAAUAUGUGUGUUUUAUUGUUUGUGUGUUGUGUAUUUGUGUACAAACUCUACAAUAAGCUUUUGUCGUAGCUGCCAUGCUAAUUGCUACUUUGUCGUUAGAAUUGUAACUAGAUGCAAAUUGUUUUAAAAGUAGUCCAUUCCCAGUAUUAUAAAAAAUAUAAAUAUAUAAAAGAUUAAUUUUAGAUUGUAUUUAAACUGAACAUGUCUGCAUCUAUACAAAAAACUUUUUUAAUAAAAUGAUCUGUUACAACAAA